UUACGGAGAAACCAGGGUACCAGACUAUAUUCGGUGGCGCAUGCCACAUAAAUCUGUACACACGCGUAAGCCAUUAGAGUCAUAAUUGCUGCAAGUUUUCGACAUAAUGGAUAUCUUAAUGAUAUGCAGUUCAAUGUUUCUCCUGACAGUGAAUCCCACGUAUUCCAAACCUAGGAUUGUGGAUCUUACUUAUAAUCAAGACGAGCUUUCUAUCACGUGGCCCACUAACCCAAAGUAUAACUUUACCAUGCUCUUCCGAGGAUUUUCGACACACUACAAUACCUGGAUUGAAAACAACCAUUUUGCUAUGCCAGAGCACAUGGGGACUCACAUAGACGCACCGGGCCACGUCGUAAAGGGUGCCUGGAAAAUCCAUCAAAUUCCCAUGGAAAAAUUGUUCGGACCAGGGGUCAUAGUAAAUGUUAAAUCCAAGGUUGCUAACAAUCCGGAUUACAGAGUUUCAAGCGAUGAUUUGUCGGCAUGGGAGGAAAAAUACGGAGAGAUCCCAAGACACGCUGUUGUAAUGAUGAACUCGGGUUGGUCUCACAAAUAUCCAGAUCCAAAUCUUGUUUACGGAACAUCUCUACUUAACGAUACCUCAUCGUUUCAUUUCCCUAGCUGGCACGAGGAAGCCGUCACGUGGUUGAUAACCAAACGACAAGUCAACGCCGUUGGUGUUGACACUCCCUCUACGGAUUAUGGCCAAAGCAUUUUACUUCCCUGUCACGUGAUCAUGGGGAAAAAUAACGUAGUGGGUAUAGAGAACAUAGCGAACCUCGACAGCAUUCCGGAAAGUGGCAGCACAGUCUAUAUGCCUGUUCUAAAGAUUUUUGACGGAAGCGGUGGACCUACUCGACUUUUCGGAACUUACGACGACGAGCCGAACAAAACAAAUGCUGCCAUGCAUGUUAUAAGUACCACAAUCUACAUAUACCUCUUGCAAAUGCUUAUAAUAUUUGUUUAUCAAUUUUGAACAUACAUAUAACUCCAUAGUUUUCAGUAACAUGUGCAUUAUUCAUGCACAUUUUGCAUUUUUCAGCAAAUAUUUCUUCAAAUUCCGAUUUAUUAUUCAUCCAAAUGUCUUAUAAGCAUUUUUCUUGCAUAGAAUAGUAACUAAGAAAAGUAUAUCAAACUAUUUUAUAAACAGAUUGUUGCUAAUAUUGAGAGGACGGCUAUAUAUAUAUGAUAAGCGUUUUAAACAAGAAAAUCAGUAUUAAGUAGUAGGUUAAGUGGUUAAAGUGUCCGCAUCAUGACGCAGUUGUCGUGGAUUCGAACCAUGAAAGUGUAAACUGUUAUAACUCACAUAGUCAUGAAACCAAUGUCCGAACCAUAAGAAAGAAAGCCUUUGUGAAGAUCUACUGCACAAGAGUUAUUAAUUCAGAAUCGAAACAAACACACACAUAAAUUUCUUUAGUUUUUCUUAUCAUAACAUCCCAUCUUAUUAAUUUUACCUAAAUUUAUUUGUAAAUUUGAUUAAUCUGGUAGAGUUAGAUUAUUCAGUGCGGAGAUUUGAUUGGCGAUGGAACAGUCACUCCAUGUUUUAACGACUUAGGUCUGUCACGGUCAGGAUUCGAACCCCGGCCUUCCGCAUGCGGGGCGAACGCUCUAACCUCUCGGCCAUCGGCGGGCCUUCGUGGGAACGUUCAAAAUAUCGAUACGAUAUAUCCGUUGUUGGAUUGUUGUGAGGUAGUUUAGACCUCCGAAUCAACGGAUAAGAAAACGAAUCAUUUCUGAACUUAACUGUGUCGGAGAAUAGGUUUGUCUCGCCGACUUUAAUAAUAAAAUCGGACUCGAAUCAAGGAGGGAGAGGGGUGUCGUUGCACACCUGCUGUAAUAAUAUAUAUACAGAUAUAGAGGGUUUUUUUCUAUUUAUAGAUAUUAACUGAUUUAAAUUCAAAUACCUGUGCUGUACUAUACAGUCUUCAAUGCUGACAUUGGGUCUAGAACUGAUUUUUUUCUGUUAUAUUUUUUUUCUCUUUUCGUUAAUGAUGCAUAUAAUGUAUGUUGAGUCCGUUUACCUGAUCAGGAUAUAGGUCUCACGGCGGGUGUGACCGGGCGACAUACGGUGCUUACUCCUCCUAGGCACCUGAUCCCACCUCUGGUAUAUCCAAGGGGUCCAUGUUUGCCCAACUCUCUAUUUCGUGUUGCUUUUAGGAGUUAUGAGAUUGAUCACUGUUCGUUAUCUUCACUUUUCAUAUAUACGUAUCUAUGUAGAAUUAUGUAUCCAUUUACUUAUAUUUUAUAAACCUCGUUCAUUUUGAUGAAAACUAUGUUUUAUGCACUUCACUGAUAUGUUAGUAUUAUUGUAUUCAUAACACAUGUUAGUUUCCAUAUAGAAAAUGUUGUACUAACUUAAGUAUGCAAUAAAUACCCGCACGACUA